AUGACAGACGUUACGGAGAUGACCAUGACAGCGACGACCGUAGUCGUCGACAGGAACAUGAACCACCUCGCCACCAGCAAUCUCAGUCGUAUGGCCACCAUGGACGUGACGAAGAGCGGUCCUCCGGCCACGAAGGUCGUCGACAUGAAACCGAGUCAUCGGGAUACGGCGGAGAUGAAGGCUUCGGUCGACACGAGCGUCGUGAAGAACAUGGUAGACGAGAGGAGAAUGAGUACGGGGCCCCUGGUGGGUACGGCCGCCAAGAUGAACCCAGCUUUGGAACGGGUGAGUACGGCCGUCGGCAAGAACCAAGCUAUGACUCUGCUGGCUACGGUGGACGAACAGAAGAGCCUGGGUUUGUCCCCGGCGGUUUCCCUAGUCGUCAAGAUGAACCUGCCUUUGGCGAACGGGAAUCUGGCGGGCGUCGAGAGGAAUCUGGGUUCGUCCCUGGCGGAUUUCCUGGACGUCAAGAGGAACCCAACUUUGGCGGCGGAGGAUUCGGCGGGCGUCAAGAAGAGCCUGGACACGUCCCUGGUGGUUUCGGCGGUGGCCGAGAUGAGUUCGACUCCGGCCGUGAUAACUACGGGGCUCAACAAGGCUAUGGAAGACCUGCUGGUGACGAGUAUGAACGCCCUCAAGGCCGAGGUGACCACGGAGGCGGGUAUGGCGAAGGUGAUGACUACGAGAGACCGCGUCAACAUCGACGACAUGGUCAUGAUGAUGAGGGCGAGAAUGAGGGCUACGGCGGCGGUGGCGGGUAUUCUCAAUACUGAGCUGGAGUUGCCGGGAGGCCUGAGGCAGCUGACCUAA